AACCAAUAGCAGACCUGCUUGAUAAAAUAUGAAAAUGGCGGCUCUCUGUGCUGAGUUUGGGGACCUGGCACAAAUCAAGAAACAGCUAAUAUCUGUGAUAUCGCUCUGUAAAGAAAGAGGACUUUUACACAGCGCAAAGUGGGCUUCUGAAUUGGCUUUCUCGCUGGACCCUCUUCCCAAGGACAAGUUACCUGCCUCACCUCCUUUUACAGAGGAAGAUGCACAAGACCUGGAUGCACUCACUCUGGCUAAAUCGUACUUUGACCUGAAAGAGUAUGACCGUGCUGCGUACUUUCUGAAAGGCUGCUGCAGUCAGAAGGCUUAUUUCCUCUAUAUGUACUCUCGCUAUCUGUCAGGGGAGAAGAAGAAGGACGAUGAAACUGUGGACAGCCUCGGUCCCCUUGAGAAGGGUCAGGUUCGAAAUGAAGCAUUGCGAGAACUGAGGGUUGAGCUCAGUAAGAAGCAUAUUGCAGGAGAGUUGGACGGGUUCACCUUGUACCUGUAUGGGGUGGUGCUACGAAAGCUGGAUCUACUGAAGGAGGCGGUGGAGGUGUUUGUUGAGGCAAUUCAUGCGCUCCCACUUCACUGGGGAGCCUGGCUGGAGCUGAGUAACCUCGUCACCAACAUUGAAAUGCUCAAGUCAUUGUCUCUGCCUGACUGCUGGAUCAAAGACUUCUUCAUGGCCCACAUGUACACCGAGCUGCAGAUGAUCAAAGAAGCGUUACAGAAAUAUCAGAACCUCAUGGAGGCCGGCUUUUCUAAGAGCACCUACAUCAUCUCGCAGAUCGCUGUCGCCUAUCACAACAUCAGAGAUAUCGACCAAGCUCUGGCUUUGUUCAAUGAGCUGAGGGAGCAGGAUCCGUUUCGCAUCGACAACAUGGACACAUUCUCUAACCUGCUCUAUGUCAAAAGCAUGAAGCCAGAGUUGAGCUACUUGGCCCACAACCUGGUGGAGAUCGACAAGUACAGAGUAGAGACGUGCUGCGUUAUUGGUAACUACUACAGUUUACGCUCUCAGCAUGAGAAGGCAGCUUUGUACUUUCAGCGGGCCCUCAAACUGAACCCUCGCUGCCUCGGGGCCUGGACCCUCAUGGGCCACGAAUACAUGGAAAUGAAAAACACGUCAGCUGCCAUCCAGGCCUACAGGCAUGCCAUAGAAGUCAACAAGCGAGACUACAGAGCCUGGUACGGCCUGGGACAGACAUAUGAGAUCCUGAAGAUGCCCUUUUACUGUUUGUACUAUUACCGAAAGGCUCAUCAGCUCAGGCCCAAUGACUCUCGCAUGUUGGUUGCACUUGGUGAAAGCUACGAAAAGCUGUCACAGCAGUUGGAAGCCAAGAAGUGUUACUGGAGGGCAUACUCUGUCGGGGAUGUGGAGAAAAUGGCUCUGCUCAAACUGGCAAAGCUCCAUGAGCAGCUGAAUGAGUACGAUGAUGCUGCCCAGUGUUAUAUGCUUUACAUCCAGGACAUUUUCUCUUGUGGGGAACAACUGGAGCAUGCAGAGGUGAGCACAGCCCUGCGGUACCUGGGUCAGUAUUAUUUCAAGAACAAGCUCUACGAUGAGGCGUCUCUCUGCGCGCAACGCUGCUGUGACUACAACGACGCACGUGAAGAGGGGAAGGCUCUGCUGAGACAGAUUUCACUGGUCAGAGAUCAGAUCGAGACUCCAUCGGCAGAUCUAUUUGCGCCGCUCUCAAACAACAACACACCCGUCAGGAGGGUUUCUCCACUGAACCUCAUCUCCUUUACACCCUGACCCCCCCCCCCCCGGACCUUCUCUUUCGCUGGCUUCAAAGUGGACAAUGUGUGUGUCCUGAAACACGACACUGUGGGUGUUUGUGUUGGCAGGAGUUACUUUUGACAGAGAAUUGUUAAUGACAUUAAAAUUGCUUUCUUUUUUUGUAAAAUUUGCCAUCAUUUCAUUUGAUACUUCAACUGAAAAAAACAAAUACAUAAUAAAUGCUGACAACUGUAAGUCAGAUUUAUACACUGCAGUAAACCUUAUGUAUAAUGUCUUUGAACAGAUUUUCAACUACUCUUUUAUAUUAUGAAAGUUCAGUGUUAAUCCUUUUACACUGUUGACCUAUAACUGUAAUAGGUCAACUUUCUAAAAAAGAUCAGGUGCGCUGAAACGGUCACCUUUAACUAUUUACAUAUAUACACAUGUAGAAGAAAGACAACACCAACUCAUCACGUUUGACCUGCAGUCAUCGAAACUGUUUAUAUGUAAAUAGUUGAAAUAAAGGCGUGCCUAUAACUU